AUGGCUAACUUGCAGAUUGUGCCGGCAGGAAAGAACGUAGAGGCCCAGUACGUGGAGAUGAAGGUGCCUCUCUACUCGUAUGGGUGCGAGAAGAAGGUUAAGAAGGCACUGUCUCAUCGGAGAGGGAUCCACUCGGUGCAUGUCGAUUAUAAGAUGCAGAAGGUGACGGUGUGGGGGAUAUGCAACAAAGACGACGUGCUCGCCACAAUCCGGAAGAAGAGAAGGGAGGCUCGAUUCUGGGAACAGGCAGAGCCGGAGGCAGCCGAGGGCAAGGUCGAGGAUGAGAUGGCGGUGGCAAAGGCUUCACGUCUCGCUGCUGCAAAAGGCCACAGAUUGAGACUGUCAUGGAAGAAGCUGUUCCCCCUGUAGACUCAUACCGGACAAACAAUGUACAGAAUAAUGAACAUAUGAAUAAGCUUCAUAGAUCUGAAGCAUAUGCAUUGGCUACUUCUCUAGGGAGAAGCACUUGGGAGGACUCCAUCGUUCGGGUUCGGAUUCGGAUUCGGGUUCUUGAAAAAAAGGGUCAACUUUGUGGACCGAUAUGAAAAUAAAGAAAGAUUUGGACUAUUAUGCAAAUUGGCGCGUCGCAAAUGAGAAAGACCGAAGAUGUGAUUAGGGACGUUUUGAUAGGCAUACGAAAGAUUUAGUUUUGGUGAGUUAGCGGAGGAAGCGAACGAUGUUUCGCUCGACGGACGAUCGGCCGGCUUCCUCCACCGCCGCCUCCCGGGGAUCUGACGUUUCGCCGACCGCCUUCUUGGAUGAGGUUGUUGGAAAACCCUUGUCGCGGCUGCAGAUAUUAUACAUUUCGUAUGGAUGUCAAGCUAGAUGGCUGGUCUACAACUUGUGCAAGAACCAGCAUUCUUGGGUAUUCAGCAUCAUGUGGAACUGCUAGCUCUCAACAAUUAUUUUCCUAAGGGUUUCCCAUUUUUUACUGCAGCCUGUAGAGUGUUGACUAGUUUCAGUCACUCUUUGCAUCGAUCCAUCAGUCUCAGCUACUAAAAGACACAAAUUCUUAAUCUUGUUCUAAAAAAGCUGGAUCUGUGUAGUUCCAUCAGUGUGAAGAAAUGCCCAUGUAUCUUAUUUUCGCGGUAUGAUAUUGGAACUAUGAUUUAGCAAUAAUAUGAUUAUAAAGUCAGAUUAGAAUCA